AGCUUGAAGUGGAGGAAAGAAAAUUAGGGGAAGAGUUAAGUAGUAGCGUUGCGUGAAAGAUAUAAAAAGUUUCCGCGUAGCAGAAUUCGCCCCGUUUGGUUGAAGCCACCUUAUCCAUUCACACGAAUCUCUGGGAGAGGCAACGAAGAUCCACCAACACGCCACCAUGACCCACCAGUUUCCAGCACUCUCUCCGGAGCAGAAAAAGGCACUCUCUGACACAGCUCAGCGGAUUGUUGCUACUGGCAAAGGGAUCCUAGCUGCAGAUGAAUCUGUAGGGACAAUGGGUAACAGGCUCCAACGUAUCAACGUGGAGAAUACAGAAGAAAAUCGCCGUCAGUUCCGUGAUAUUCUCUUCUCUUCUGACCCAACCAUCAAUCAACAGAUUGGGGGAGUUAUUUUCUUCCACGAGACUCUCUAUCAGAAGGACAACACUGGAAAACUCUUCCCAGCUGUCAUCAAGGACAAGGGCAUAGUGGUUGGAAUCAAGCUGGAUAAAGGUGUGGCUCCAUUGGCAGGAACUAACAAUGAAACCAGCAUUCAAGGUCUGGAUGGGCUUGCUGAGCGCUGUGCCCAGUAUAAGAAAGAUGGAGCAGAUUUUGGCAAGUGGCGUGCAGUGCUGAAAAUUACAGAUGCAACUCCUUCUACUCUUGCCAUCCAGGAGAAUGCUAACACAUUGGCACGCUAUGCUAGUAUCUGCCAGCAGCAUGGCUUAGUUCCUAUUGUGGAACCUGAAAUCCUACCUGAUGGAGACCAUGACCUCCAGCGAUGUCAGUAUGUGACUGAAAAGGUGCUGGCUGCUGUUUAUAAGGCCUUGAAUGACCACCAUGUUUAUUUGGAAGGAACACUGCUAAAGCCCAACAUGGUGACAGCUGGACAGGCUUGUCCCAAGAAAUAUACCCCACAAGAUGUGGCCAUGGCAACAGUUACAGCUCUCCUUCGGACAGUCCCAGCAGCUGUUCCAGGAAUCUGCUUCCUUUCUGGGGGCCAAAGUGAAGAGGAGGCAUCCAUUAACCUCAAUGCUAUCAAUCUGUGCCCACUGCCCAAACCCUGGAAGCUGACUUUCUCAUAUGGGCGAGCUCUACAAGCAUCAGCUCUGGCUGCUUGGUCUGGCAAGCCUGCAAAUAAGAAGGCUUCCCAAGAGGCCUUCAUGAAACGGGCAAAGAUUAAUGGCUUAGCUUGCAAAGGCCAGUAUGUUACAUCUGAAAAUGGCAGUGGAGCAGCCACCCAAUCACUGUUUAGUCCCAGUUACACAUACUAGUGUUAACAACCAAUACAACCAACCUCAGAGAGCACCAAGGACUCCUCAUUUCAACCCUGAGCUAAAUAUUCUUCUUUAUUGACACACUAGUUCAUAAAGCAUUGCACUGGGCAAGAUGGACCACUGCCUUUUUAGGACUCCCUCUUUUUCCUAUUAUUAUCCAAGGGGAGAAAUGUGAAUGCCCAUGUGCAGAGAAACACAUAAAGAACACCAAGAAAGAGGAAACAGAGUGCCCUUUCCAGUCUAUAAACUCUGAGCAAAUGUCUUACCACUGUGAAAAGAUUAAAUGCCUGUGAAACUUCG